UUUUCUCAUUGUCAAAUCGUUCUUCAAGCAGCGUGGUCGUUCGGUAGCUUCUCGGUUCGUACGGAUUGGACGGUUGUACAAGAAACGAAUACCUCCUAGUGGCAACAGUCUAGUAUCUUGUGUACAUCCCACGAAAUCUUCCCGAAGUAACUUGCACAACUAAAAUGGCCACCAAACGUCUGAUUCCCUUGUUGGACCGUGUCCUGAUCCAACGUGCAGAAGCACUGACAAAAACUAAGGGCGGAAUUGUGCUCCCCGAGAAGGCACAAUCGAAAGUACUGGAAGGAACGGUAAUUGCUGUAGGACCAGGAGGACGCAAUACACAAACCGGGCAGCACGUUCCGCUGGGUGUUAGUGUUGGUGAAAAGGUCUUGCUGCCUGAGUACGGUGGUACCAAGGUUGAUCUGGGCGACAGCAAAGAGUACCAUCUCUUCCGGGAGUCGGAUAUCUUGGCUAAAAUAGAUCAAUAGGAGGAACAGAGCCGUCAACCCGGACCAAAAUCGAUUCGCGUUAGAAAUCCGGCGAGAAAGGGGGAACUGGUUGAGAUUCGGCUCUAACAGCGACAGUUGACUAUGUAAGCAAACCAAACAUCAUCCAUCUGUUAGGAUUUAAGAAUCUGUUAGAGACGACUUUGCUAGUAAUAUUCGUUCCGUGUGUAAAUGAGGAUUAUAUUUUGAGCGCUGAAACAUGUGUGACUCGCAUUUAAAUCACCUAGGCGACGUGUUUCGGGGUUUUACGAACAGAAGAACCGAUCGUGUGGACCACCAAAGUUUGUCGAUCGAACUUUGCUGCUCCUGCCAUGAUUGAACGCUCCCUAGAGGUGUUUCAAAACUUGCUAGGUUACUGAUAGGGAGGGAAGUUUCUGGCCUCGGAGAACAAGAAUGAUUGGGACGAGAGAAGAUUCAAACGAGUACGUGUGCGUGUGUGGCUAUUAUUACUGAUAAGGGUACGAUUCAUCGAGUUUAUUUUCCGUUAAAUAAAACGUA